UGUUCAAAAUGCGUCUGCUUUGGUUGCUUGCCACGCUGGUGGCUCUAACGAGUGCUGGGAUCCUUAAGGAUGCUCCCAAGGAGCGCUAUGACAAUUUCAGGGUGUAUAAGCUUACCAUCCAGAAUCAGUUCCAGUUGUCUGUGAUUGAAAAACUUGCUGAGCUGACAAAGAAGUACAAUAUCUGGAAGGAGUUUGACGAGCAUACCAAGCAGUUGGACAUCAUGGUUAGUCCGGAGGAGCUUAGCCGCUUCCAGAAUCUUCUCAUGUUCAAUAACAUUAGCAGUGAGCUAAUGAUCGAAAAUGUCCAAGAACGUAUCGACGAGGAGCAAGUCACGGCCACUGCAGAUAGUGCCACCUUUGGCUGGACGAAGUACUACGAGCUGGAGGAGAUUGAGGCCUGGUUGGAUGAAGUACUAGCUACAUAUCCCACGGUGACCGAGGAGUUCAUUGUGGGCAAGUCAUACGAGGGUCGCACUAUUCGGGGCAUCAAGAUUUCGUACAAGACUGGCAAUCCGGGCAUUUUCAUCGAGUCCAACAUCCAUGCUCGAGAGUGGAUCACCUCGGCCAGUGCCACGUGGUUCAUCAAUCAGCUUUUGACCUCAAAGGAAGCCGAUGUGCGGAACUUGGCCGAGAGCUACGACUGGCACAUUGUGCCCGUUUUCAAUGUAGAUGGUUUUGAACACUCACACAAAAAGGAUCGUAUGUGGCGCAAGACGCGUCAACCACAUGCCACCAAUGCCUGCAUCGGAGCUGAUGCCAAUCGAAACUUCGACUCUCACUGGCUGGAGAACAAUGGAGCAUCGAAUAAUCCCUGCAGCGAGACCUUUGCCGGAGAUACGCCUGGAUCGGAGCCAGAAGCCAAGGCCUUGGUCGAGUAUUUGACCAAGAUCAAGGACCAGUUCAGUGUGUACAUAUCCUUCCACUCCUAUGGACAGUAUCUGCUCUCUCCCUACGGACACACGAAAGAGGAGUUCCCAGAGAACUAUGACCAUAUCCUGACUAUUGGCAAGGCCUUUGCCGAUGCCAUCGAAGGACUGCCAUACGGCACUGUCUACCAAUAUGGGUCUACUGCUGAUGUGCUUUAUGUGGCCACUGGAACCUCUGUGGACUGGGUGUUCAACGAACUGGACAAGAAGAUUGGUUACACAAUCGAAUACCGUGACAAGGGCCGUUAUGGCUUUAUCCUGCCACCCGUGCAGAUCAUUCCCAACUGCGAGGAGCUGAUGGUUGGAAUGCUGGCUUUGAUUGAAAAGACCAAGGAGCUGGGUUACUUGUAAGGGCACAAUUUAUUUGAGUCGAGUCAGCCGUUUACUCGUUUUCAUUAAAAUACCUCACGUAAGAGGCCAGCAAA